CGCGUUGGGUUACGUUUAACGUUGAUGGCUCGGGUUCGAUCCUCAAGCAGUUGAGCCUGUGAGGUUGGCUCGGAUGAUAAUCGACUAAAUAUUGUUAUAAAAAAUGUCGACGUCUCGUGGUAUAAACUUGUUGAGAUUCGUUAGACAAGUCUCGAAAAUAAACCGCAAUCACAACUUGCAACAGACGCGAAAUGGGCACGGAGGGGUCGUUUACCGUUUACCCGCACCUACGCCGCAUAAGAAGAUUACCAUAAGUACAGAAGUAGUCGCAGGAAUCGCGUGGUGGUGGAUUCUUUGGCAUCUAUGGCACGACUACGAGCACAUUACCGGGGAGUUCGAAUAUCCUGAUCCAUCGAAAUGGACCGAUGAGGAAUUAGGAAUACCUCCGGACGAUGUUGACGUCUAAUUAAAGUGUGGACAAAGCCGGUACGUUAUUGUUCACGUUUU